CAGUCGCAAAGAAAACGAAACUUAAGCCUGUGUGUUUGUUUCUGUCUGUGAGAAAACUCAGUGAAAUGGCAGAAUCCUGCAUUUAUGUGCCUCGGAAUCAAUUCAGCUGUUCAGUCUGUCUGGAUCUCCUGAAGGAGCCAGUGACCAUCCCCUGUGGACACAGUUACUGUAUGAACUGCAUUACUGACUGCUUUAAUCAAGAUGAGCAGAGGAGAGUUUACAGCUGCCCUCAGUGCAGACAGACCUUCACUCCAAGACCUGCUUUAGGUAAAAACACCAUGCUGGCUGAAGUGGUGGAGAAACUAAAGAUGACCAAAAUAAAGACCGAUCCUGCACCCAGUUAUGCUGGACCUGGAGAUGUGGAGUGUGAUGUUUGUACUGGUAGAAAGUAUAAAGCCAUCAAGUCGUGUCUGCUGUGUCUGGAAUCUUACUGUCAGACUCACUUUGAGCGUCAUGAGGAGUUUCACUCAGGUAAACGACACAAGAUAACUGAUGCCACAGGACGAAUUCAGGAGAUGAUCUGCCCAAAACAUGAUAAACUGCUGGAGGUUUACUGUCGGACUGACCAGAAGAGUAUAUGUUUACUGUGUACAAUGGAUGAACAUAAACAUCAUGACACUGUAUCUUCUUCAUCAGAGAGAACAAGGAAACAGAAACAUUUGGAAGACACACACACAAAUUUGCAGCUGAAAAUCCAGGAGAGAAAGAAGAAGAUUCAGGAACUAAAAGAAGCUGUGGUGACUCACAAGAGCUCUGCACAGACAGCAGUGGAGGAAAGUAAGAGGAUCUUUACUGAAAUCAUCCAGUCCAUUGAGAGAAGACGAUCUGAGGUCACACAGAUGAUCAGAGAUCGAGAAAAGACUGAAGUGAGUCGAGCUGAAGGACUCUUGAAGAAACUGGAGCAGGAGAUUGAAGAUCUGAAGAGGAGAAACACUGAGCUGGAGGAAUUUUUACAGACUGAUGAUCACAUCCAUUUCCUACAGAGAUUCCAGUCUCUCUCUGAACCCUUGGAAUCUACAGAUGUGUUCAGCAUUGCUGUCAGCUGUGACUUCCCUUAUGAAGAUGAAUUGAAAUCUGUCUCUCAAUUGAAAGAAAAACUGGACGAUUGUAUGUUGAAUGAUAAGGAUAAACUGUACUCUCCUAAUCAACCGUUUGAAAUUUACAUGGAUGAUCUAAUUGUAAAAGCCCAGAAGUUGAACAAGAAAAAGAAGAAAAAAAGAUAGGCGCAAGCUGGCAAACUGUUUAAUAUAUAAAUAUAGAAAUAUAUACGAUAUAGACGAUAAAACAACUUGUGAAUGAUGUAAAUUGUCAAAUGAAAUUGGUAAACUCAGUAAUCUCUACAAUGAGAUUAAUGUCAUUAGAGAUGAGGUCAAAAAUCUAUCUACACUGAAGAAAAUGAGUCUGCAAAAUUGUUGCAAGCAAGUUAAAUUGGUUGAAUUUAAACAAACAAAGUAAAUUUAGUAACGUUCAACUUAACUUGUUUGCUAAAAUUCAGCCCAAAUAAAUUGUUUACAACCACGUAACCUAAAAAUAAUCAAUAAAUCCAAGGAAUCACCUUUGAAUAU